ACAUGAAUCACGACGCUGAUAUGGGGUGCCCUUCUCCCAACGAUGGCAUCAUGGGUAGCAAGACUUCCGGUUGGAGCACUUGUAGCGUCGACAGUAUGCAUUCACUUGUGCAGAAUACUGCUCAGGCUGGCUGUCUUACUACAACGGAUGUUUCAUCAGCUCUCGCCAUGGAACUGUCUGUGAAAUGGCCAGGGAUGAUUUACACUAACGACGAGAUUUGCGAAUUUAAGCGCGGCCCCGGAUACAGAUUCAGGAAAUUUCCACUCAGGAAAAAUGCACACACAACUUUAAGUUCUUGUAGCUUGUAUUCGUGUAUCAAUAUGAAUGUCAAUUCGACAGACUACAGUAUCAUGUUCAACUACCCUACCCCCGCCGACGGUAGCUACUGUGGUCCGGAGAUGGUAUGCUCCUCUAAGCUGCUUGGUGGGGUAUCUCAAUGCAUAUAUUGGAACAAUACCGGCCUUGACCUCUCCUUAUUCGAAGUGGUUCCGGGUGGAUGGUCUGACUGGGGACCUAACACGACAUGCAGUCGCACGUGUGGGACGGGAAUUAUUUAUCGGAGAAGGACGUGCAACAAUCCCAAACCAAAGAACAGUGCAUCCUGCGAGGGAAAUGAAUAUGAGUCAGUUUUAUGUAAUACCCAGGCGUGUGAUAACGACCCGGAUGAUGAGAGUGAACUGCUAAUUGCCCGCGCAUCAGAGACAUGCGCAACGUUAAAGGCCAACAGGGUGUACGAAAAACUCGGCUUAAGUGCUUCAAUCUAUGGUGACUUCGGGGAACAAUUUAAUCCGUAUGAUGAUUACGGUCGAUGCGAGGUUAGGUGUAAAAGUCAUUACGGGCACAGUGGUUACGACUAUUACCAGAGGUUUGGUCUGCUGCCUGAUGGGACACCAUGCCAAAGUGUCGGCGAUUAUGAAAACAUUGUACUUGGUCUUAGGUCUGGACGAUACGGCCAAUACGGCCGAUGCGUACAGGGCUACUGUCAAAUGUUCGGUUGUGAUAACGUAUCGGGUACGAAGGCAAAAGACGAAUGUGGGUUGUGUGGUGGAACUAAUACGACGUGCAACGUUGUUACAGGAGUGUUUACCGAGCGUGUUACCAGAAACACGAGAAAGGUGGUCGAUAAUUUGCCGGCCGGGUCAUUCAACAUCUUAGUAUAUUUCUACUAUCCUUCGACAGACAAUGCCCUAGAGUUGUACACCCUGGAGGACAUGCUUGUAAAGACAAUCGUAUACGAGCACUUGACAAACCCGUUCAACUAUGCAGGGGGCUACUGGUAUGGGUCCUACUACAAGAAAUUCCUAUACACGGAGGGUCCUUUAUCACGGCCAGUUGUCAUUAAGUACUACCAGAGAGGUUCGCAUCCUAACUUAGGAGUACAUUAUGCCUACUCCUUACCAUUGGAUAAUUGUACAGGUUCAUGCGGAAGUUACGGCACAUGGAACCAAACUCUGUGCGGAUGUCAAUGCAAUGCCGGCUACUAUGGUGCAGCGUGCGAUACCACGUGUAAUAAGAUUUGCAAUAACGGAAUGGGCCUAAAGUCGACUGAGUGCGGCUGUGACUGUCAGGGUAAAACGUACGGAUCAACAUGCGAAUGCAGGUACCCGUUUAAAGGCAAAGACUGUCAAGACUGCAAGAUUAGAACGUGCAAGAACGGAGGCACGUUUAAUUCAACCGCAUGUCGGUGUUCAUGUCCACAAGGGUACGGCAACUUAGACUGCAGCUCAUCGUGCAAAGACAAAACGGACACGACAACGUGUGUGAUCAACGUAGGGAAGGGCUGGUGUGAGUCGAAAAACGAACAGAUGGAGACGGAUUGCUACAUGUCCUGUGGACUUUGUGUGCCUGAUCCUACAACAGUACGUGCUGUUACACAACCCAGCACGAUAGGCGGUGGAGGACAAAGCAUUACGACCAUUCUGUCAACUUCUAUCAAGAAUGACGCAGCGUUUGACAAUUCACAGAAAUCCAGUUCAGAAAACGACGGUUUGACUCUGAAUAAUGCGGUUGUACUUCAUGUCCCCCUAUUGCUGCUGGUGAAUGUGUUGUUUUGGCUGCUUCUCUCUGAUUCUUCACAGCAAUUGCUAUGAUCUAAUGAGGCUGUUCGGCAUCGUGAGCUAAAUGGUGUUUCAUGCACCUUAAUUGAACCUUUUAUAUAAGUUUAACCCAUUUAUGCCUAUUGGACUCUCCCAUCCUCGUAAAAUGGAACAAUUUAUUUCCAAAAUUAGGUAUGUCUAGUAUAUUUAUUUCCAUAUUCAGAAUAUUUAUUAUAGCCCUUUUUCUAGACGCUAGGCAUAAAUGGGUUAAAUAUUGAAAGAUCAAGCAUUGUUAAAUAAAAGAUUCACACUCAGAGAGUAUACAAACUACCGGACGUAUGGGUCCGUAACCCCUUUAAAGCAAAUGCCUAGAUAUGUGUUGGUGAUUCCAUAUUUUUGCAAGAACCACAAAAAAGAUAUAUUACACGUCAUUUUUAUGUUGUUGCAUUCAAAUGUGCACGGCUUAUUGUGACAAAAAGUGUAUUUAUAAAGUACGGUAAUAAAAAUAUCGAAAUCACACUAAGAAUGUUUGUAUAAUAACAUUUUUAUGACGUCGUUUGUAAAGGUUUUCAAUCUGUUAUGCAUCGUAUUUCAUGAAUACAAACCAGCAUUCGGUGAGUUCAUUACAAACGUACAUUAAACGAAUGUAUAAAAGAUAUGUAAUGAUGUUUAUUGUCCCCUACCGGUUUCACCGGAGGGGACUUAUGGUUUGCGCUCUGUCUGUCUGUCUGUCAUUCAGUCACACUUUUCUGGAUCCUGCGAUAACUUUAAAAGUUAUUAAUAUUUUUUCACGAAACUUGAAAUAUGGAUAGAUGGCAAUAUGGACAUUAUGCACGUCAUUUCAUUUUGUUCCUACGUCAAAAAUUAUGGUUUCUAUGGCAACAAAUAGACUAGAAAUACUGCUGAAAAUGGUGGUUUUCUGGAUCCUGCGAUAAUUUUAAAAGUUCUUAAUAUUUUUUCAUGAAACUUGAAACAUGGAUAGAUGGCAAUAUGGACAUUAUGCACGUCAUUUCAUUUUGUUCCUACGUCAAAAAUUCUGGUUGCUAUUGCAACAAAUAAAACAAAUCUGACAAUGGUGGAAUUCCUGACAAUGGUCGAGCCGGUAGGGGACUAUAUUGCUUGGCAAUAGUCUUGUUAAUAACUGGUAACACACUAAGUGUCUUAAUUAAUUAUUAAUAACGUUACUAUGUAUUGAAAAUUGCGUGAUAAGUCAUUUUAAAGAAGCGUGUUUUGAAGUGACACAUAUUCAAAUACACUUUAAUUUUGUACUGCCAUUGAACGAAAUUGUUCAGAAUGGAAACAAAAUUCGUUCAUUCGUUAUGGGAGACAUUUUACUUUUCAUUUUUUGUUCGCAGUGCAAAGAUAAGUGUUAAGUUCAAAAUUAAACUGUUCAAAUAGAAUAGAAACAUUCAAUACAUUUAUGUUAAUAAAAAAGCAACAACCUAUAUAUAUUAAAACACAACAUAACAUUUGUUUCUAUGGUUAUUCGAUUUCUUGUAUUUCUGUGAUUUAACAUUCGAUUAAAGUUUCACGAACAUUGAUAAAGGGCGUAAAUAGCAUGUACUGACGUAUGCAUAAAGGAACUGAUUUUUAGACUAUGAUAAUGUUUUGUUUUUGUUUAUUCAUAAGUUCAUUUGCGUAUUUUAUAACUAUUUCUUGUUUAAAAUUCAAUAACGUACGUUCGCACGGCUAUUUCUAGAGAUUGUAUGCAUAGUAGUGAUGCGUUACUUUGUAUUUGAAAAUUCAAAAUGGCGGCUUUUUUCAAGAUGGCCGCCAAUACUCUGUUUUUAGCAAGAAGUACUAGUAGGGUCAAUAUGCGUUACUUUGUAUUUGUGUUGACUGUUGUUGUCAAAUGUGACUCACAGUGGCGUAAUGUUGUUGUAUAUAAAUUUUGAAUACCAUAUGGACAGCUUCAGGUAUGUGCACAUCGUUUUUUCAGUGUUUCGUUUUCGAUAAUGUUCAACAAAGUCAUUAAAAGUCUCAUUUACUUCAGCUAUAUUUAGAUUCACCCAUUUAUGCCUAGUGGACUCUCCCAUCCUUCUAAAUUGGAUCAAUUUAUUUCUAAAAUUAGGGAUGUCUAGUAUAUUUAUUUCUAUAUUUAGACUAUUUCUUAAUUCCUUUAAGCAAACAGCUCAGACCCAGAUGAGACGCCGCAUUAUGCGGCGUCUCAUCUGGAUCUACGCUGUUUGCAAUGUCCUUUUUUUAGGACGCUAGGCAUAAAUGGGUUAAGCAUCACCCCUUUUCGUAGUUUCUUCAUUAUUGUGAAGUGAUGGAAUAAGACACAAUAUUUAAAACAGUAUGAAUUUUUAACCCAAUUCUCUUACCACCAUCUAAUUUACCUGUGUAUGUAUUAUAUAUUUGAUAUUUGUCUACAAUAUGUAAAGACUAUUAAAAUGUUUUUAGAAAAAUGCAUAAGAACUUUGUCCAAAAUUAAAUUUGAGAUCAACUCGAUGGUGUUUUUAUGUAUACUAUGUUGUAUAAUUUAAAGAUCUAAUAAACUGCCUUGUUAUA